AUGGGCUUAUCCCGGCAGCUGGUGGGAGUAUCCAUCUAUCCCCUGUUCUCUGGGUCUGGUCCUGAUCGGCUCAGAAUGGCCCAUUUCCGGAGCUACAUCUGGGACCCGGUGCUGAUUGUGUCUCAGAUCGUGCUCAUGCAGUGCAUCUACUACAGCUUCCUGGGUCUGUGGCUCGCCGGCGUCGACGGUCUGGUCCAAACCACUCGCUCUCUCAACCAGAUAUUCAGCUACGAGAUCCUGAGUUUUGCAACGAUGCAGGGCAGACUGUCGAUGAUGGCGUUCGUAUUGAAUUCUCUCACAUGCGCUCUGGGUCUUUGGCUGUUCAUCCGGCGAGGAAAGCAGUGCCUGGACUUCACCGUCACCGUGCAUUUCUUCCACAUGAUCGGCUGCUGGAUCUACAACACGCACCUGCCCACGUCUCUGGCCUGGUGGCUGGUCAACGUGGCGUCCAUGGCUCUGAUGGCGGUGAUCGGCGAAUACCUGUGCAUGCGGACUGAGCUCAUGGCCAUCCCGGUCAACACGGGACCCAAAUCCAACCUCUAA